UAUGUGAUUUAAUAAAUAAAUAAAUAAAUAUUAAAAUAAUUUAUUAUAAUUUUAGUUACAAUUAUUUAUAAAUAAAAUUUUAUUUUUAAAAUAAAAAUUUAAAAAUUUAAAGAAGAAUAAUGGAGUUGUUGGGACUUGGGAGGGCCAUGGCCGCCUUUGUCCCAACAUAGCUUUGUCAUUGCUGACAACAUAGCUGUCACUUCUGGAAUGAGAUGCCGUUAGACAUUUUCCCUCUAGCUGACAAUUCAAAGGUUGCAGACGCCAAAGGUCAUCCACUCCUUACCAAUUCAGAACGUGACAUAUUUUGAGCUUGAAAUGGUUUGCAAGGAUCCACUAACUCCUCAACCCACGACUCCUAACAACUAUUGACGUGGAGCAGCGGUCGUUGUCGUUAAACAAUGCAUCCAGCUGUAACGAGGAAGAAUCCUCAAAGUCUGAAUGGGUUUCACCUGAGCCCAAAGCCCAAAUUGACUCGGUUUCUUCUGAUGGUAGCCCAAGUUUAGACGGUGACAUACCUCUAAUUUCAUAGUAAAUAGAAUUCUAAAGCGGCGAAGUAAAUCCAGAUCUGUUGUUGAUUUCGGGGAUCUCCAUCUUCUCGGUGGGAAAAGUAAGCAAGUGAAAAGCAAGUCAAAAUUGCUCUUUUAUGCAACGGACUGUGAUAUUCAAAGAAUGAACCAUCUUCUCCUGUCCGUCAAUCCAACCAAAAGGUGUCCAAUUAUAAGUUGGAGACACCAAAAGCGCUGGUAUAUCGCCAUGCCAAGAUUAAUACGAUGCCAAACCAUCAGGCUAACAAUAGAGAAUUGUCCAAUUAUAAGUUGGAGACGCCAAACCGCCGAAUGAAGAUGGCCUCAGCUGUAAAUUUAAUUCUCGAGAAUAGCGUACUAAUAAAGUUCUCUCUAUUGUUCAUGAGCAUGAUUAGAGUGUCCAUGGUUCUCAGUUAUGGCAUUCUCACACCCUGCAUAUCACUGUUAUUCACAGUUGAAUGUAUUAAGGAGGAUGAUCCUAGUCUUACUGAUAAUGCCAUCAUGUGGAUUUCAGUGGGAAUUUUGAUUUCCUUAUUUCAAAUUCAGAGGUUUGGAAUAGAUAAAGUUAGGUGUGUGAGGCAGCCUGAUGAAGUUUUUCUUGGUUCCUCGAAAGAAUUUUCUCAGAAAAAUGUUAGGCCUUCGUUGGUAGCUUGGUGGGAUCUCUUCGGAACAAAGUUGGCAUUUGUCAAGUGAGAUCUUAGAGGAACAGAUAGAACAGUAUUGUCGGUUGCUUGUAAUUUUGCUCUGUUUUGUUCUUUCUCGUUUGAUGAGUCGGUAGCUGUUGAUUAGGCUGGAUUUUCUGUGAGUUUGUCUUCUGUUUUUGGUGUAAGAUAGAGCUAUUUCUCCUCUUCCUUUUCAUUAUCAUUAUAAAUAAAUUUUUUGCCUAUAAAAAAAUAUUAAGCAUAUUUAAAAUUUAUAAAAUCUUGAUAUGUCACAGAUGUGAGAUAUCACAAUUUCUUGACUUAAAUUUGUGCUUGCUACUGUUGUAUGCAAAUGCAAUUCUCAUCAUGAAGCUU